CUAAAAAUGCUUAUAUAGUUAUUUCCCUUACAAACCCGAGCAACGCCGGGCGAUACUGCUAGUUGGAUAUAAAACCAAAAAGAGAAUCGUUUGUAUGUUGUUGUAGGAAAAGGAAAAUUAUGGAAAAUGAGUCGAGUGAGGUUAAAAGUGAAAUACUGAAGACAGACUUUUCUGAGGAUGUAAAGAAUGAAAAGGGUAAAAAAGCACACCAUUGUGACAUCUGUGGUAAAUCAUUUUCUACAAGUAGCAGCCUUACUAAACAUAAGGUUGUACACACAGGGGAAAAACCAUAUCAGUGUGAUAUCUGUGGUAAAUCAUUCUCUCACAGUAGCAACUUGUCUAAGCAUAAAUCCGUUCAUACAGGAGAGAAACCAUAUCAAUGCGAUAUUUGUGGUAAAUCAUUCUCUCACAACGGUGCCUUGUCUAAACACAAAUCCAUUCAUACAGGAGAGAAGCCGUAUCACUGUGAUGUCUGUGGUAAAUCGUUUUAUCAAAGUGAUAAAUUAACUUACCACAUACGAAUUCAUACAGGGGAAAAGCCAUAUGUCUGUGAUGUCUGCGGUAAAUCAUUCGCUGUCAAUAGUUCCUUAACAAGACACAAACUUAUUCAUACAAUGGAAGACUCAUACCAUUCUGAUAAACCGUUCUCCAGCGGUGACAGUUUUGCUAAACGCAUGCACAUUCGUGCAGAAGAGAAAAAACAUCAUUGUGAUAUCUGCGGUAAAUCAUUCUCUAAAAGUAACGACUUAAAACGACACAAAUACGUCCAUACGGGGGAGAAGCCUUAUCAAUGUGACAUCUGUGAGAAAUCUUUCUCUCAAAAAUUUUGUUUAACCAAACACAAAUAUAUUCAUACAGGAGAGAAGCCAUAUCACUGUGAUAUCUGUGCGAAAUCAUUCUCUGAAAAUGGUGACUUAACUAGACAUAAAUUUAUUCAUACAGGAGAGAAGCCAUAUCACUGUGAUAUCUGUGGGAAAUCAUUCUCAAAAAGCAAUAGCUUAAAAAGACAUAAAUACACUCAUACAGGGGAGAAGCCUUAUCGUUGUGAGAUCUGGGGGAAAUCAUUCUCUCAAAACAUUUGCUUAACUAAGCACAGAUGAGGAUGGUUUCACUAAACACAUUCAUACAGAAGAGGAACCAAAUUACUGUGAUCCAUCAUUGUAUCGGAAAUUACUCUUAACUGAACAUGUUGCUAUUUAUACAGAACAAUUGCUUUGUCGAAAUAUGGGGUCAUAAGUACAUACAGUGCAACAAGCACUGCAUGUUGGACCCUAUUUUCUCUUGACCCUUUUAUUUCCCUACUUUUUGAUGAAUAAAUUUUUUGUUUCAUUUGCAUAACUAAUGAUGUUAUUAUUGGUUUUCUCUCACUGGGGUAGCCUAGAAAUUUUAUAAAUACCCUUUUUGUGUACCCUGUACAAGAAAAUAUCAAUAUGAAGGUGGCAAGCUAGCAGAAUUGUUAGCUUGCUGGGUGAAAUGCUUAGUGGCUUUUAUCUGUCUUCACAUUCUGAGUUCAAACUUUAACUUUGAUCCUCUUGGGGUCAGUAGUAUAAGUACCAGUUGCACACUGGAGCAAAUGUAAUUAACUUACCCUGCUGCCUCGACAUUGCUGGCCUUGUGCCAAAAUUUGAAAUCGAUAUUGAUACAUUGGUA